CUCAGAACCUUCCUGCGGCUGCGUUCGGACCUCGCUGCUCCAGCCUCCAGGACACGUCCCAUCCUUCCAGCCCGAGACUAGCAGUAUAGAAAAAAAAAUUCCAUAUCAUUUCUUGCCCCGUACACACCUUGAGGCGAGCAAAAAAAUUAAAAUAAAUUUUAACAAUGAGGGAAAUCGUGCACAUCCAGGCCGGUCAGUGUGGCAACCAGAUCGGUGCCAAGUUCUGGGAGGUAAUCAGUGAUGAACACGGCAUCGACCCCACUGGAACCUACCAUGGUGAUAGCGACCUGCAGCUGGAUCGCAUCUCCGUGUACUACAAUGAAGCUACAGGUGGCAAAUAUGUUCCUCGUGCUAUCUUGGUGGAUCUAGAACCCGGGACCAUGGACUCUGUUCGCUCAGGUCCUUUUGGGCAGAUAUUCAGACCAGACAACUUUGUUUUUGGUCAGUCUGGGGCAGGCAACAACUGGGCCAAAGGCCAUUACACAGAGGGGGCUGAGCUGGUUGACUCAGUCCUGGAUGUGGUGAGGAAGGAGGCAGAGAGCUGUGACUGCCUACAGGGCUUCCAGCUGACCCACUCACUGGGUGGGGGCACAGGCUCUGGAAUGGGCACCUUGCUCAUCAGCAAGAUCCGAGAAGAGUAUCCUGACCGCAUCAUGAACACCUUCAGUGUGGUACCCUCACCCAAAGUGUCUGACACUGUGGUUGAGCCCUACAAUGCCACCCUCUCCGUCCAUCAGUUGGUAGAGAACACAGAUGAGACCUACUGCAUUGACAACGAGGCUCUUUAUGACAUCUGCUUCCGCACUCUCAAGCUGACCACACCAACCUACGGAGACCUGAACCACCUCGUCUCAGCCACCAUGAGUGGUGUCACCACCUGCCUCCGCUUCCCUGGUCAGCUCAAUGCUGACCUCCGGAAGCUAGCCGUCAACAUGGUGCCCUUCCCACGGCUCCACUUCUUCAUGCCUGGCUUUGCACCUCUGACCAGCCGUGGAAGCCAGCAGUAUCGGGCCCUCACUGUGCCUGAACUCACCCAGCAGGUCUUUGAUGCCAAGAACAUGAUGGCUGCCUGUGACCCCCGCCAUGGCCGUUACCUCACUGUGGCUGCUGUCUUCCGUGGGCGGAUGUCCAUGAAGGAGGUAGAUGAGCAGAUGCUCAACGUGCAGAACAAGAAUAGCAGCUACUUCGUGGAGUGGAUCCCCAACAAUGUCAAGACAGCAGUCUGCGAUAUCCCACCUCGUGGCCUCAAGAUGGCAGUCACCUUCAUUGGAAAUAGUACAGCCAUCCAGGAGCUCUUCAAGCGCAUCUCAGAGCAGUUCACGGCCAUGUUCCGGCGCAAGGCCUUCCUCCACUGGUACACAGGUGAGGGCAUGGACGAGAUGGAAUUCACUGAAGCUGAGAGCAACAUGAAUGACCUUGUCUCCGAGUAUCAGCAGUACCAGGAUGCCACCGCAGAAGAAGAGGAGGAUUUCGGUGAGGAGGCUGAAGAGGAGGCCUAAGACAGAGCACCAUCACCUCAGGCUUCUCCAUUCCCUCAGCCUUCUUCCUCAGCUGCCCCUGUCCUCUCCCUCAGAAUUACAUUUUCUGCCUCUGUCUCUUUUUUUCUUUUUUGGAGGGGGAUGGUCCUAGAACACAGUGCCUGGCACAUAAUAGGCGCUCAAUAAAUACUUGUUGUUUGUUGAA